AAUAAAACGUUGUAUGAAAGUUGACGACUUCUGUCUGUCAUUUACAAACUUUGACGUUUAUGGUUGGGCGUGUUUUGUAUAUUUUACAAAGCGUUUGUGUUGUAUUGGAUUAUGAAUUAGCAUUAUUUUGUGAAAAUGACUAAAUCAAAAACAGGAUUAUUUGCUUUGGGAUUUUUUGUUUUUGCCGCAUUAUUUAUAAUAAUUGCCUUCGUUAGUCCUUACUGGUUAGUAACUGACGGAAAGCUAAAAAACCCGAAGUUUCUAAAAAUCGGUUUGUGGGAAGUAUGUUUCAAUGGUUUUGAAGAAGUACAUCACUGGUACGAUACAGUAUUCAGUGGAUGCUGGUGGAUAUUUGAAGAAGAGUAUUAUAUCAUACAUGACAUACUACUGCCCGGCUUCUUUAUAGCGACACAAUUCUUUUUUACGAUCUCUAUGUGUUGUGUCAUAUUAUCAUUGUUUCUUUCAUACCUUUAUAUGAAGAAGGACAGAGAUGAUGACAAAUACUUGACGCUUCUGGUGACUUUAGGCACAGUGCUUGUAAUUGGAGGGUUUUCAGGCAUCAUAUCUGUGGUUACCUUUGGAGCUAGAGGAGAUGGGCGAGAUUGGAUGCCUAAUUGGGAGCAUAAUGACUUGGGAUGGGCCUUUGCUAUGGGGGUCAUAGGUGUUGUGUUCCUGUUCCCUGCUGGUAUACUCUUUUUGGUUGAGGCCCGGGUACAAAAAUACAAGAGACUUCAUGAAAUGCAAAGCCGAGAACCCUCUUCAUAUACAAUGCAUGAAAGGAAAACUGGUUAUGCAGGAGGUCACACAGACAUAUAAGAAUUGUGUCUUAAAACUUUAUAAAUGCAGCUGCUGCAAAAGUAGUUCAUAAUUAUAAAUAAUUAAUUGUCCGUCCAAAAUUUUAAUCUUGCUUUAAAUAUGUGUUUAAGAAAGUAGACUGACACUUUGUAUGAUAAUUUCAUUUACCAGGAUAUAGUUUUUUUGCCCAAUUUUUAUAAGAGAUCUUUGAAAUAGUAUAAGGUUUUUAUAGUGCAGACUUAGAAUAUAGUAAGUAGUAAGUACAUAUAAAACUAUUGCACAAUGCUUUUUGGCAUACUGUUUCCUGCCACAAAAUAGAAUACUACAUUUUAAAUAUUAAAACUUAUUUACUUAUUACUUUUAAAUAAGGAGAAUCUCUUUAUAUGUAAAUCUAGUAGCUCUCAUUUUGCUAAAAGUAUUAUAUCUCUUUAUUGUGUCCCUAUUUUACACAGGGGCGAAUUAAAAAUAUGAACAAGACCAAAUGUUGAAUUGAAUAAAAUAUAUUGAUCAUAUACAUAAUACAGACAUAAAUCAAAUUGGAGAUUCAAUGUAAAAUCAUUAAAAAAUAAUGAUAAUGUAAUAUACUUUUUCAAUAUUCAGGCUCUAUUGUAUAAUAUUUAUAACAUAGAGUGUGACAACAGUGAAUUCCAAAAAGAGAUGUUGCCAAUUUGUUUGUAAUGACUUUUAUUUCCUCAUGACUUCAAUCUUGUAACAGUGUUAUUUUUAAUGUAAUUGAUCACCUGUGUUUUUUUCAUUAUAUGUAGGUUUUAUUUGUGUAAGUAACAAUUUUUGUUAAUAUCACAGUCUAAUCAGAUCUAAUAAUCAAUUAAUAAUGUAUCAAAUGCCAAUUGCUGGAUUAUUAUCAGAUAGUUUAUACUUGAGGUACUUACUUAAAAAACUUAAAAAGUAUAUAAUAUAUACAUCUGAAUUUACAGCAUAUAAUAUAUGUAAUAUAUCUUACAUCAUAUAUAUUUGUAUACCGAAGUGCCUAUCAAAUAUAAUAACUAAC